CAUAAGCAUACCUGCCGAUCGGAAACACUCACUAGGCCAAACUUUACAAAAAGUGUCUUUCUGGCGCGGCUGACGAGGACCGACAGAGGGAGAGAGAGUGGAGAGUCGUCUUUGUCUUGCAAUUUUCGUCAGUCUGUGAGAGAUCAAGCUUGCGAGAAGAUGUCGAGCGCAGCGAGUUCGGAGACGGCCGGAGCGCCCAAGCAGGAGCGUAAAUUGUCGGACACCAUCCCCCUGGAGGCGGUCCAUCGCAUCGCCAAACUGCCCAUGGUCGAGUCGUCCAUCAGCAUCGCCAACGACGUCUACAGCCGAGUCAAGGAAUCCAACGCGAUGAUCAACUGGACUUUGAGCACGGCCGAGUCGACGAUGAGCAAAGCCGCCGAGCACGCCAUUCCGGUGGCAGAAAAGAUGGAAAAGCAUCUGAAGCGCGUGGACUCUCUGCUCUGCUCCAGUCUCGACUAUGUCGAGGCCAAGGUGCCCGCUGUCAAAUUGCCGCCUCAUGAGUUGAUGGAAAAGGCGUCCGAGCUGAAGCAAAUGGGCGCCGAGAAGGUGAGAACUUUGGCGGCACUCGAGUCGUCCAGCACAAAGCAGUUGGUGUCGAGCUGCACCAAAAUCGCGGCCUCCGGCGUGGAGGCGGCCCAGCGUUACAUGCACACGGCCAGCGCCCACCUCACCAACGGAGAAGUGCCUUUCUUCGUAGGAAGUUUAAUCCCCUACCUGAGUGAACUUGCCCAAGCUCCAGAAUUUGAAAUCCAGUUUUUCGUAAUUGUCACCACUAUCAGUCCGGAUGAUGAUGCACAUGGAGCAAAUAAUGGCCAUGGUGGGCCAAGCUUGGCACCUCUUGCGUCCAUCGCAGCCUCAGAUCUGCGUCACCCCAUCUACGCCCCUCGGCCACAGUCCAAUGGGGUAUGUGACGCCGCCCCCGUGUCCGCCUCCGCCGCCCCCGACGCCGUCCUCGUGCCAGCAGAGUCCGACGAUGCCCACGAUGAAUCGCAUCGCAAGCCCAAACGUCGCCACUGAUGCUUUCUACAGCCCACAAGAAACAUUCGAUUCUCAGAUUGUAGAGGAAGUGCCGGCUGAGGCCUCUGCGGAGAUGGUCGCUGCUGAAAACCAAUGAAAAGUGCACAGCAACUCUAAAGCUUUGAAAGCUCAAAUUUAAAUUCUCAAUCGUCUCUAUAGGCCAAAUUUUUAUAGUUAUUAAGCUGUCUCUAAAAUAUUAAUUUGUUCCUUAAUAAUUGAAGUUUUGUUUUAAAUAGAAAAGGUUUGAAAUUUUUCAACCGCAACUGCUCAAGUCAAAGAGUAGUUUUUGCAAAUGUAUAAAGUCUGAUUUCGGUUCGAGCCAGUUUAUAUUAUCAAUAAAUUUAAUAAGAUAAAUAAA